AUGGAGUCGCAGGACAAUACAGCUCAGUCUAUUAGUGCAGACGAGAUCGCCUUGUAUGAUCGCCAGAUCCGUCUUUGGGGUGUGAAGGCUCAGGAAAGGUUACGAUCGGCUAAUAUACUUCUAAUCACCUUAAAGGCGUUGGCAAAUGAAGUUGCCAAGAACCUCGUUCUGGCUGGUAUCGGCACAUUGACAAUUGUUGACCAUGAGAUAGUGAAGGAGGAAGAUCUGGGUGCCCAAUUUUUCAUCACGGAAGAGCAUAUAGGGCAGAAUCGUGCGCAAGCGGCAGCGCCCUCGAUCCAUGCCAUGAACCCAAGAGUUCAGCUUCGUAUCGAUACAGACGACAUCCACAUGAAGCAACCUGACUUCUUUGCCCAAUUCGAUAUCGUUAUUGCGACAGAAUUGGACUUCGCCACGUACACCACCAUCAAUGCGGCAUGCCGUAUCGCAAACCGACCAUUCUACGCAGCUGGGUUGCACGGGUUCUACGGGUUUGUAUUCACUGAUCUGAUUUCACACGAUUUCGUUAUCGAGCGCUCCAAGUCAAACGUCCCUUCAGCGAACCAAGAAACCCCGACGCGGAGCAUAGUCAAUAUCACAACGAAGAAGGAGAACGAGAAACUUAUCGAAAUGGUAACCAAGCGAGAGACGUAUUCUCCUCUGAUUUUGGCAAACACAUCGCCACUUCCGGAGGACUUUACUCGUCUCCCUCGGAAACGGCGACAGGUCACACCACUCCUGACUUGUCUCCGAGCGCUGUGGGAAUUCCAGAAACUGUCGGGGGGUGAGAUACCAACAUUCUCCCGCGAAGACCUGGAGCUCUUCACAAAAUUCGCCCGUGAUAGGCACCAAGAAUUGAAACUUGACAUCAGCACCCUUGAUUCCGAGUUUUUGCGUACCUUUCUACAAAAUCUGGGAAGCGAAUUGAGUCCCGUUGCCGCCGUUGUGGGCGGUAAACUAGCCCAGGACGUGAUCAAUGUGUUGAGCUCUAGAGAGCAGCCUAUCCAGAACCUCUUGCUCUUUGACGGCGAGAAGUCUCUCGCUCCUAUCUACCCCUUACAUCCAUUUUUCCCUCCGGAAGUUGAGAAUGUCAUGUCCGCUGUUCCUCCUGCGAAUCUGGUUCCUUUAAACGGCGAUCUUACCAUGCAACAACCAAUCAUUCAUCCCUCAGGAGCAAAUGCCUGA